AUGGCCUAUGUCUUUAGGUACAAAGACAACCUGAAAAGAACAGUACAGAAAAAAGAAACAAAUCUUGGAAUUUUGUCUCAGGAAGAACUAGAAACUGCUCAAAACUGGUUGAUAGUGAUGACACAGUGGCAGUGUUAUCCAAAAGAAAUGGCCGUUCUGACUUACACCGAUGAACAUCGAGAAAAACGAAAAGGGAAUGUUGCGAAUCGACAGUCGUCUUCAAGCCGCAAUGGAUAUACCUUGGUCAAUGAAAUUCCCCAUCACGAACAGCAUUUCCACGCCAACCCCGAGACGGUGGUUAACGAACUACGCCAGGUGUACCACAUUCCCAAGCUUAGAGUCGUCGUCAAAAGGAUCGUGCGCCAAUGCCAGUGGUGUAAGGUUAAGAAAACCCUUCCUCGCGUCCCUCGAAUGGCUGCUCUCCCCCUUCCACGGCUGGCAACAUCAGUGCGUCCGUUCACCUUCGUUGGUUUGGACUUAUUCGGACCGCUUACAGUCAAGGUCGGUCGAAGCCAGGUCAAGAGAUGGGUGGCACUCUUCACUUGUCUGACGGUACGAGCGGUCCAUGUAGAAGUUGUCCACAGUUUGUCGACGCAGUCUUGCAUCAUGAGCAUCCGCCGGUUCAUCGGGCGCAGAGGGCCUCCUGCUGAAAUUUACUCCGACAAUGGCACCAACUUGUACGGACCUUCGCGUGUUUUACAAGAGCAGAUGAGAGCGGUUCACGAAGAUCUAGCCACGACGUUCACCACUACCUCUACUAAAUGGAACUUUAUCCCACCAAGCACCCCCCACAUGGGCGGCUCGUGGGAGAGAAUGGUGCGAUCCAUAAAAACUGCAAUGGAAGCGGCAAACGGGGAACGUAAUUUAGACGACGAAGCGCUGCUAACCCUGACCAUCGACGCCGAGUAUAUGGUAAACUCCAGGCCUCUAACGUACAUGCCUUUAGAGUCAGAUGAAAGCGAAUCUCUUACUCCAAACCACUUCAUCCACUGCAGUUCAAAGGGCAUUAAACCGCCUACCGCGAAACCCACCAACGUCGUGGACGCGCUACGCACAUCACUAGGACAAGUAAACCGUCAGCUCGACAUUUUCUGGCACCGAUGGGUUCAAGAAUAUUUGCCGACACUAACUCGCCGUACCAAAUGGUUUGAAGAUGUGGCGCCGAUAGCCGAAGGGAACCUGGUCGUUAUCGUCGAUGAGUCGAAGAGAAACGAUUGGGUCCGGGGCCGGGUUGUCAAGUUAUUUCCGGGGACAGAUGGUAGAGUAAGGAGGGCGUUGGUACAGACUUCAAAAGGGGGGCUCAUAAAACGGGCGGUAUCAAAGCUAGCUAUACUGGAUGUGGCGACGGAUUGUAAAGCUGAUCUUGGUUACUCGGGCGAUCAGCUUUACGGGGAGGAGGAUGUUACGGACGGAAAAUCUGGCAACGCUUUCUCAGCCGUCAACGAUUUAGCACCGGGGCAACCAGAUCAAAACACGAUCGAGAACUAG